AUGCCUAAGCCAUUGAAGAGGUUGAAUAAAGAAGUUCAUUAUACUAGCAAUUGGUUUGCAUUGUGUGCUACAAGAAGGAUAUCUGAAGUAACUGACAGCUUGUUCAAACACAAGUUUGUUGUGGAUUUGGAUAAGAAAAAUUACACUUGCAACUAUUGGGACUUAGUAGGAAUCCCCUGUAGGCAAGCAAUAUCAACCAUUGCAAGCAACAAAGAGAAGCCUGCAGACUAUUUCAACCCAUGUUAUAAAAGGGAGAUGUAUAAGAUCCGUUAUGAUCAUGUAAUAUCACCCAUCAAUGGAAGGCAAAGGUGGCCUAAGACCGGUUACCCAAACAUUUUACCUCCAAACUACAAAACAUCCCCCUGGAAGGCCCAAAAAGUUGAGAAGGAGGGAGCCAGAUGA